CCAGAAAUAACGUUUCUAGUGAAAAUUUAGUUAUGCGGUCUUUAGUGGUAGUCAACACAUUUUUAUUUCAUAUUAAAAAGAAAAAAGUGUAUUAUAAAAAAUAGAUGUACCAAGUGUUUGAUAUUGAUAACAAUGAUACCAAAGAAAAGUUCAAACUGAACAGAAUUUUGAAAAAACUGUUGGAAACGUUUGGAAAGAUUUUCAAGGCUCUAAUUACUUAUUAACUGUAGAUGCUCCAAAAGCCUGGACAGGUCGAUAGUUCCCAUAUUCUGUCUAGAAAUAUAGGGUAUAAGUGAUUGGAAAAGUGUAGCUUGAAGUGGGUAAAGAGGAAGGAGUUUUUUAUGUAUAAUAGUGAUUGCCGCCAUUUGGUGGUAUCAAUACAAUACGUCUGGGUACAUCAACAAGUAGACCUUCCUGGAGUAAACUGGAAGAAGUAGAUACAUUAAAAAGGCCUACCAGGUGCACCAUGUUUAACCUCUACCAAAACAUCAAACAAAAAGAAGAUGGCGAAAAAGAACCUGACGUCAUUGGCCACGAGCGCUUCUAUCAAGCCCGCUCUAGUACUAGAAGUGUCCGCAAACGGAGAAGAGCUCCCAGAAGAACCCAUAGCGCUGGAGAGUUCUCCCCUAGUACCUUGUCAGCAGCCAAUAGGAGGGCUCAAUUCAAACGCAGUCAGAGUACUGAAAAUAGAGAUAGGGAAGACGGAAAGUCUAGUGUGUUUGGUACUCCGCAACGAGUCGACUCUAUGAUCAAGGUUUUCUUUGGAUAUAAACGGCAAACCGGUCUUCCCAAACACGAGUACAGCGCCCUAAAGACAGAUGGCGGAGACAAAUGCAAAGAAGAAAAGCAAAUCAGAAACGGUGUUUACCUGGUCUGCAAGCAACACUUGGAGAACAAUGACCGAUACGAACUAAAAUCGCAGCUGGAGGAUAUCGGCUCUAGAAAUGACAAGCACUGGUUCACAAUCCAAGAUAAAAAUCUGGGCGCAGAAAGACUCUUAACCCUUCUACCUCUACCAUCCACUUGCCCUCUAUCCUGUCGCUCUGAAACACAUGACACCCUUCUAGAACUGUUCAGAGGCCUACAGCAUCCUUACAUCCACCCGAUUCUAGACGUAGAAUUCUGGAGUGGGGGUGGGGAUACUUCAGGAGGAGGAAGCUCGACACCUCCAGCAGCUGCUUUCAUAGCGCCCCUCAACCCUGCCGGGAGCCUGAAAGAUAUGAUUUAUGGCGUGGAUUGGCGGGAACCUUAUGACAGGAAAUAUUCUGUUAAAGGGCAGGGGCUGACGCUUAAAACGAUCCAGUGCUUAGGGCGACAGAUUUUAGAAGGACUACUGUUUCUGAAGAAUCGAUAUUUCCCUCCAAUAUAUCACCUCCACUCAGGUAACGUGAUAAUCCAGAACGGCGUGGCGCGCAUAGCAGGCCUCGAGAAUUCCCUUCUAGGACUUCUUCCCCGAGCUCCGGCUGCCCCUGCGCCACUGGCUUUCGGCUACCUCCUCUUCGAAAUGGCUGCCGGCUAUGAACUGACUCAGCCGCCCACAGCCGCCCAUUUGCAGCUGGAAUUGGAAAGGGCGCCCAAGGUCGCAGAAGCCCUUGAACUGGUGUUCAGGGGAGAGAGGUUGCCGCAGUUGGAAGAGCUUGUCAGGUGCGACUUAUUCAGAGGCGUGGAAUUGAGGGAGCUAAGGGGAGCUAGUAUAAUACAAAAUGUAACUCCGCCCGACGUUAUGGAACUUCUAGAUAUUGUAAAAAAUCCAGUCCCUCCAUCGCCUCUCAGACGUCGGUACUUCACAGAUGACUUAGAACCUUGGUUUGCAUGAAUUUUUUCUUAGCAACGUAGGUCCAAAACUGUGGAGGCAGACCUUUACAGUGAAAAACAAAUCAAAGUAUGUUAGUGUUAUACGCGAUGGCAGAAAAACUUACGUCAAGAUGUUGAAAAAAA